CCCUCCCUGGGCAGCCCCCAGGUUUGGCGAGGCCUCAGGCAGGCGCCGGCGGACCCGCCCGCCGCGGCCCGGCCCCUCACCCCGGCUACUGCCGGUCGAGGCGACGAGGCGCCAGGACGAGCACACCCUGGUUAAGCCUCCCAAGGGCCGAGAGCGCUCACCGCAACCCAGCGGCCCUCGGCUCCCACCUGAGCAGCGACGGCUCGGAGCUACCGCUCCUUUUCUGCCGAUCUGAGCCAGUGAAUUCCCAGGGCUUAUGCCUGCGUGGUUUUGCCCCCUCUACAGAUAGCUGCAUGCUGCUGCCCGGCACACAGCUGGUUCGCCGGCCUCUCCGCUGCCUCCGUGCUUGGGGCCACCUGCCCUCACGCUCCCUCAUGAACCUCGGGGAGCUCGUUUCUGCCCUCAAUGACUUUGCAUCCCUCUCCCUGGCUGAAAGCUGGGACAAUGUGGGGCUGCUGGUGGAACCAAGCCCUCCCCACACUGUGAAGACCCUUUUCCUCACUAACGAUCUCACCGAGGAGGUGAUGGAAGAGGCAGUGCACAAGGCGGCAGACCUCAUUCUUCCUUACCACCCUCCUGUAUUCACACCACUCAAGCGAGUAACAUGGAAGACCUGGAAGGAACGGCUGGUGGUCCGAGCCCUGGAGCACAGAAUCGGAAUUUACUCUCCGCAUACGGCGUAUGAUGCCAUACCUCAUGGAGUCAAUAACUGGCUAACAAAGGGACUUGGUGAGAGUCUGUUUAAAAAAGGUUAAAAUGGUUCAUCAUUAUAUGCUAUCUUAUGGGGGGGUCCUUCCCUCAUUUUCCUUUCUUCCAGCUUUUACAAACAUGAUCUGAGGACUUUUUUUUUUUCCUUUUUUCCCCCCAGUAUAAUGCUUCUAAGUACCCUAAAUGUAUUUUAGGGAAUUUAUCUUU